CAAAUGAGAGAGCGAGCAAGACAGCGAGAGCAAGAGAGAGAGAGAGAGAGAGGGAGUGUGGAAUGCUGUGAUGUCAUCAGUGUAGCCGCAUACAAAGACAUGAGGACUGGUUUUCAGGGCACUCUCAGUCUGCUGGAACUAUCAGCUCCCGUCCUGCCGCAAAACACACACGUCUACGACCCAGCAUUCCCAGCUGACGUCUGUCUGGUGACGGGGUGCGGAGAGGGUGUGAAACAUGGCCGCCGCACUGACGGUCCUAUAGAGGGAGCCGUUGUCCGACUCUCCCUCUCGCCCUCGUCCCAAAACAACACGUUGUUCUUUUAAGCGGGAGAAAAGGAGGGGGAUUCCCUCUCCCCUCCACUCGCAGCGGCCCGAAAAUGUUGCAGCAGAUUCUGAAGGACAUGUACAUCGACCCGGACGUCCUGGAGGCGCUGAACGAGGAGCAGAAGCAGACCCUCUUCCUGAAGAUGAGGCAGGAGCAGGUGCGGCGCUGGACGGAGCGCGAGGAGAAGCUGGAGAGGGAGGGAAGCGCCGCGCUCAAAUCCAAGCAGACGAAAGCCAGCAAGAAGAGAGUCAGCUGGCUCCUGGGACGCGACGGGGACGUACAUGUCCGUGUGAUCGGAGAAACGGAUGAAGUCAGGUCCGCAAAAUUAAUCUACUCUGAGCUGAGCCAGACGAAGGGGUCCGGCCUGCAGGGAGACUCACGGAACCAAAGCAACGCCACAAAGAGCAGCCUGGUCACCAGAGCGUGCCCGGAGCCCGAGACCGUACCGUCCCAAACACCGCCAGGGAUACAGCUACAGUUUAAGGGCGUCCAACCGGCCUCCGACUUGACGCAGCAUCCUCCGCACUCUCAGAACUCAGCAGACUUGAAGUCAGGGACUCAUUCACCCCCUCUGCAGGACCCGGAGGAGGAAGACGAUGACGAUGAAGACGACUCUGUCAGCCUGUCGGCGCUGCUCUACCGAUCACACCUCAGGCGGGACAACACGGCGUCAAUCUCGGACAGGCUCCGCUCACAGCGCGCUGACCCGCCGUCCAGCGCAGACAGACUCCGCCUCCAGGAAGCCCUACAGCCAAGCAAAGUGGGUAAAGACAUCCAGCCUGUGGCAGCCAGACAGCGAGAGGAGACUGAAGGGGCGGGGCCUAACUGGGCGGGGUCCGCUGAAGGCGAGGACCACGGCCUGGCCCGCGGCCGGGUGGCACAGCUCACGAAGGCCUUCGGCACGCCCGUCCCCAAGCACCUCACCCUGUCCCGCCCGAAACCAAAGCCGCCCCUCCCAAAGAAGCCCGCCCACCUGCUGUUCGCCUCCCCCGCCCCCAGAUAAUCCCACAAGCCCCAGGGGCAAAUCCAGAGAGACGCUGACCCCACCCGCGAC